AUGAAGUAUCUGCUUAGUUUGGCCUUAGUGCUGGCCAUUGGCCUGCAACAGAUUGAUGCCCACGGCAUGAUGUUGUCACCUCCCAGUCGUAGCUCCCGCUGGCGUUAUGAUGGAGCUGCUCCCCAAAAUUGGAAUGAUAAUGAACUGUUCUGUGGUGGUCUUUAUACCCAAUCGAACAAUGGCGGCCGUUGUGGUCUGUGCGGUGAUAACUUCUUGGAUGGCCAGCCACGUGCCAAUGAGAUUGGCGGUAGCAUUGGUGGUGAAGGAGUCAUUACUCGCAGCUAUGCAGCUUCCUCGUCCAUUACCGUGAGCGUUAAGAUUACCACCAACCAUUUGGGAUACUUCGAGUUCCAUUUGUGCAACUUGGAUGCUUUUGGCAGCGAAUCGGAAGAUUGCUUCAAUCAAAACGCAUUACGUUUCCCCGAUGGCAGCGAUCGCCUUCAUAUUGGCACUCAAGCCGGCGAAUUCGAUGUGACCGUACUCUUGCCCGAGCAAGUGACUUGCAAUCACUGUGUCCUGCGUUGGACUUACACUGGAGCCAACAACUGGGGUCUUUGCGACGAUUCUGGCAACGGUGCUUUGGGCUGUGGUCCACAAGAGACCUUCAAGAAUUGUGCCGAUGUCAGCGUAUUCUGGGGUCGCAACAUGAUUAAGGAAAUGGCUGGUGGCGCUGAACCCGUGGUGCCUGUGGAGGUUGCCUCCAACGAGACUGCCUAA